UCCUGCAAAAGCAAAGCUGCAGUCCAUUGACAGACCUGAGAUAGCUGCUAAGCGUGGUACGAACCCAAAAGAAAGAAAAGCCAUUUGCUACAGUUUUGAUGUCAAAAAAGCCUUGAGCUUUACCUCUCCAAGAAACAACAGUGCCUCUCUCUCUCUCUCUCUCCCCAAUCCGAAACCACCCCACCCUUGCCCUCUUCUUCAACAAUGAGACGCUUCUCUUGAAGUCGAGACAGAACAGAAAAGACCCCCUAGAAUAAAUUUCAGGAAGAAAAGGAAAAGCUUUGAAGUCUGAAGAGAGAGAGAAGCCGAAAAUGAAGGUCAAGAAGAAAGGUGCUGUGUACCCUCCUCUAUCCUCACCAUCCUCUCCAGUUUGUUAUAGAGAUCCUAACUCUGUGUUGAAGCUUCUCCCGGUAGCAAUUCUAACUCUAGCGCUACCUCUCCCACCACAAGACCAAGAAGUCUUGGCUUACAUGAUAACCAGGUCCAUUAUUUCCACCACAAACCCAUCUACCUUCAACCAUCAAUCCAAGAACAAGUGCAAGAAAGGAAAAGCCCCUCUUUUUCAAUGUGGGUGCUUCGAUUGUUACACCAGGUUUUGGCACAGAUGGGAUUCUUCACCCAACAGGGACCUAAUUCAUCAAGUCAUUGAAGCCUUUGAGGACCAUUUGCUCCAAAAUGAGGUCUCCAAGAAACACAAUAAAGCAGCCAGGAAGAAAGAUAAGGAAAUCUAUGAAUCCAAUGUAGUAUCUGUUAAUGCAUUGCAUAGAGAGCAGUCCCAAGAUAGUGAAAUAUCGAUGGUUGAAAAUGAGGCCUUGGCGGAGGCUGAAAAUGGGGGUGGGCGGGGUGGCCCUGAACAUGAAGGAGAAGGGAAUGUGGAUGAUGAGGUGACUGGAAACCUGGAAAUGGAGGUGGUGACUGUAGCAACUGGGGCUAGCCACAAGGGUUUGGCCAGGAAGGUUUUACCGGACGUGGUGGGCUUAUUCAACUCUCGUUUGUGGAGCCUCUGGGGUCCGAGUAUCUAGGAGCUAAUUUUUCAUGUAUUUUUUUCGUUUCCUCGAGAAAAACUUGCCUCGUUCCAGCUGUUUCAAUUAAAGUUUUUGUUUUGUUUUAGUGGGGAGCCAUUUCCGGUUGGCACAUUGAAAAAUUUUUCUGGGGGAUACGGAUUUCGCUCUGUUGCCAGUCAAAUUAGUUGCAUAGUUUAAGGUGCUAAAGUGCUAAAAGUUAGUGGGCUUAGGUGACCACAUUGUAGCUUACAUGGACUAAUCAUUCCUCAUCAUCAAC